AUGAUUGAUGAUGGUGUUGUAAUGGGGGAGAAAACUAAUGAAACUAAGGGAACAAUUAGGGAGGAGCAGGCGGUGGAUGUGCGCGGCGAAGAAGGCAAUUCCGGCGAGGAUCACCCAGGCGUGGCAGAUUGGGAGUGGCAAGAGGAAGCAUCCAACUGGCAAUGGCGCGUGGAGAAGCGCGUUGGCUUCGCGUCGCAUAAUGACAAACGUUUGACGCAGCCCCGGCAGCGUGAGAUGGACGCGGUAGCAACAGGUUCGGAGCUGAAUAAGUCCGGGAGCGGAGGUUCGGAGCGGAGCGAUGACAGCGGAGGAGGAGGGAUAUUUGAGUACUCUGGCUGGGUUUACCACUUGGGAGUCAAUUCCAUUGGCCAUGAAUACUGUCAUCUCCGAUUCCUCUUCAUUAGGGGAAAGUAUAUCGCUAUGUACAAGCGUGAUCCUCACGAAAACCCUGGCAUCAAACCAAUUAGGAAAGGAGUUGUAGGACCCACGCUAAUGGUGGAGGAGCUAGGUCGUCGAAAGGUCAACAACGGGGAUCUUUAUGUUUUACGGUUUUACAAUCGAUUAGAUGAGACCAAAAAAGGAGAUGCCAAGCCAAAACCCGAGUGGCAGAGGAUUGGUCCCACACCUUCAGGGGAAGCUAGGGGCUGGAUGGAAGCAUUUGAUCAGGCUAAGCAACAGGCCGAGCUUGAGCUGUCAAGAGGAAUUAGUGCCAGAGACAAAUUAAACAUGGAGGCCGAGAUCAAUCUUGAAGGACAUCGACCUAGAGUGAGGCGAUAUGCACAUGGUUUGAGGAAUCUUAUAAGAAUUGGCCAAGGCCCAGAGAAAUUGUUAAGACAAUCAUCAAAGUUGUCUACUAGAACAGAUGGGUUUGAAGGGGAUGGAGGAGAUGCAGUUGAAGCUCAUCAAUGGAAAUGUGUUCUUACUUUGUCUGAGGAUGUUGUGGAGGCCGGACUGUGUGGUAUUAGAAUUUUUGAGGAUGUUUCUGAUCACAAGGUUUCUACAUCUAUUCUUAAACCACUUCUUUGGGCAGGGGAGGGAGGACCUGGGCAGUACUGA